AUGUAUUCAAUUCCGUCACAAUCACCGCCCAAGGCUUCGGGCCGUAAGGGUAGUAAGAAGGUCCGCACUGGUUGCAUCACCUGCAAGAUUCGCAAAGUCAAAUGCGAUGAAGGCAAGCCUUAUUGUCUACGAUGCAUCAAAACAGGUCGUCAAUGCGACGGCUACCGUACCUCCCCCAACUCCUCCCCAGAACCUACAUCACUCUCCCCAGCUCCAGGCUUCGACACACCCCAAGAAGUACGCGCCUUUGACCAUUACCGCCUGCGCACUGCAAAAGUCCUUUCCGGUCCCAUCGAUGCUAGUUUCUGGGGCGGCGUGGUUCUCAAGAUGAGUUCCACCGAACCAGCUGUUCGACACGCCAUUCUCGCUAUCAGCAGUCUACACGAGGCUGUCCAGGUCAAGAGCAGGAGUCUGAGGGAGAUUGAUACAAGGUUUGCUUUUAAGGAGUAUGGAAAUGCGAUUACGUCGCUGAGGAAUUGGGGACAGAGGAGUGAGCCUUCUGUUGUGCCGCUGCUCGUUUGUGUCUUGUUUAUUUGUGUUGAGUUCUUGAUUGAUCGUGAUACAGCAGCGCAGAUGCAUAUUUGCCAGGGACGACAAAUUCUUUCUACGCUCGGUGAUGGGAGAUCACCGGCGAUGGAGAUGAUUAAGCAUUCUCUUGUGCCUGUCUAUGCGCGCCUCAGUCUCUCGAGCUUCCUCUUCGGCAGCCGGCCAGCGCCUAUUCCAGCGCACCUACGCAGCUGGAGCGACAUGCCCGCUGUCUUUGCCACCAUUGAAGAAGCUCGAUAUGCGCUUUAUCUCCUUCUAGAUGAUGCCCUACAGUUCAGCACAAGCGCCCGAGCUCCGAUCUACAACCCGAAUGCGGAACCGGAAGAGAUCAGAAAGCUUCAGAACGAGCAGCAGCAUCUUCUUUCACAAUUGAGUCGCUGGCACGCCGCAUUCACCGUCACAACAUCAAUGAGUCCUCAAUCUCCUUCUCUCGAAAACUCACUAAACGUCCUCCGCAUCUAUCACCAGUCAACUCUUAUCUGGGUCUCUACUGCUUUGGACACAGGCGAGACAAAGCUCGAUCAGUUCAUACCCAACUUUGCAAACAUCAUCACUCUCGCGUCAACCAUCAUCAGUUCUGUCCCCUCCAACGCAAAACUAGAGCCUUUUAGCUUCGAGACUGAGAUUAUACCACCUGUGUACUGGACAGCUAUAAAAUGUCGACAUCCGCUCCUUCGUCGGGCAGCGCUUAAACUCUUGACGCGGAACCAAAUGCGCAAUCGCAGGGAGAAUCUCUGGCAUGCGCGUGAAACCGCCGUCAUCGCCGCGCGAAGCAUUGAGAUUGAGGAGUCUGAGUUCGACUACCCUCUCGAUCUCGACUUUGCAAUGGAUCCCUUCAUCGCUCCAAGUCCCAGCGGUUUGAGCGAAGUAUCCGCCGAAGCAAACGCUGCGUUCGACCUCUUUACUUGUGAUCCCAAGAAGAUCAAAGUCGACAUCUCAAAACCUCCCAGUUUACCUCCCCCGCCCCCAUCAUUCAGCGAUCCAACACCUGAGGAAAUCCUGUCUGGUUCACCGUGCAGUUUGGCGUCGAGUCGUUCAUCUCCUACUCCUACGCCCGAGCCUGUGUCGCCGAUAUCAGCAGCGCUUGAGGGUAUUCAGCAUCUCGAUUCUGCAGCGCUCAAAUCUGCGAAGCUCGAGUCACCGUAUGGUGUGUCGGAGAGCAGGAGAAUUAAGAAUGCGCUUAUUGGACCGGCGGAUGAUGGUGGUAUUUGGGUUACGUUCUUUAGAGACCCUGAGCCGGGAGAGAAGUCGUGGAAGGUUACGAGGGAGUUUUUAAGAUGUUGA